AUGAUAAUUGCAAUUGUCACAAGAACAAACCAAUUUUUCCUUGAAGUGGGUGCCCAAGAAAAAGUUGCUGAAAUCAAAAGAAAUAUUGAGCAAAUCUAUGGUGUUCCAAUGGCUUCACAAAUCCUAACAGUUUCUGGGUGGGAACUCAUGGACGGGUUAGACAUGGAAGAUUACCCUAUAGUCACUGAAGGCACAAAAGUUCACCUCACCAUCAAACCAGUGGAGCCACGCCCCAUUAAUAAUCCUAACCAAAUGCAAAUCACAGUAAAAUUUUCAGCUAGAAAGAUUAAUAUUGAGGUGGACAGAACAGAUACUAUUCGUAUCUUGAAGGAAAAAAUCCACAUCAUUGAUAGCAUGCCCAUCAAAAGAAUGACCCUUUUCUUUUCUGGUAUAGAAUUGGAUGAAGAAUUCAGAAAGCUACAUGAGUAUGGCAUUGGGGAAUUUUCUGAAAUUGUGGUGUUCCUCAAGCCCGUGAGUCGCUCAAGAGAAGAACCUCCCACAAGAAAGUUAAGCUUGGUGGUACAAACUUCCUCUAGUUUGCUUAAUGCAGCUACCAUUCCGGUGGAGAUGAGAGAUAUAAGUACUGUUGGUGAAUUGAAGCAGUUAUUGCUAAGCAAAAAAGUUCUGCCAGUUGAUGACUAUUUGUUUAUACACAAGCAGAGGAUCAUGCGCGAUAGUUGUAGCCUCCGGUGGCAUGGAGUUGAAAAUGGGGACUAUCUAUAUGUUUUUAAAGGAACGGUUAGUCGCAGUGGUUAUGCCUGAGCUUGAAAUCACCACAAUUAUAUAUUGCUUUUCAUUGUUUGUCACAUGUUGCCUUCUUGCAUCUUUGUUUAUCACAUUUAGAUCCAAAAGAUGAAUAACACUUUUUUUGAAAUCAAAAAGAUGAAUAACACUCUACAUGAAAUCUUCCUGUUUUACAUAUAUGUAUGUGUUUAAAAGAAUAUGUCAUCUAUGUAGUUGAUAUCAGCUACUACUUUUAGGAUUUUAAGUUUAUUAUCUCAUAAAGGUUAACAAAAAUUGUAUGGUUUAGUUAAUGCAGUAGCAUACUUUAUCAACAACUAUCAAGAGCUUAAUUAGCAUUUAGCAUCAAUAUUUCCCAAAGAAAAAACACAAAAGAACUUGACCAAAUGAAUGUCCUCCUUAUUCAUUAGAUGUUCAAUCAAAUUUGCAAAUCUGGAAUUCAAAUAUUCCUAUUGAAAUUAAUGAAAUGGUGAUAAGUCAUCACAGACACAAAUAACCUAAGAA